AUGAUUAUCAACGCAAUACUCGGUACCAUAUUGUGGACAUCAUAUGGGGAAGCCAGUAAAGGCUUGGAGCCUCAUCUAAAAAAUCAUUCUAUUUUGAAUACAGCGCUUUCCGGUGCAAUAGCAGGAGCCUGCCAGGCCGUUGCUGCUGCCCCUGCCGAUAAUGUCAGACUUUUACUAGAACACGGAUUUGGUGGGCAUACAUGGUCUUGCGCUUGGAAAGAAGUAUUUAAGAAUGCUUCUACUACUCAAAGUCGGCCUGCUCGACUACAGGAUGUACGCCAACUACGUGGCUGGUUACAAGAUGUCGGGCAGAUGGCAGGACGAGGAUGGAAUGGUUGGGGUUGGGGUGUAGCUAAGGACACUCUAGGGUUUUCUGCCUUUUUCCUGAUAUUCGAGUUAUCCAGGCGCGCGGGCUCAACAGCCAAGGACGUUUAUGUUAAUCUUUUCAGUAAUGCUACCAACCAAGAAUACAAUGGUGUCAUUAAGAAACAAAUACCAGCUGUGAUUAACGGGGUGGUCCUUGUGUCCGGAGGCGUCAUUGCAGGACUGACCUAUGAAUUUAUUGGUCGACCUUUUGAUGUCGCGAGACGCGCCAUUUACCUUGAAAGGCUUGAAAAAUCGCAUCGAAUGGACAGCUCUUACGCCAUCUUGAAACGGAAAAUCAUCAAAGAUAGCGCAAGUUCCUUCUUCAAGGCCAGCGGUUUGCCCGCAGAUUUGACUGCAACUAGCACGAGAACAAAGCAAUUUCUUCGUACUAUUGGGCGAGUUGGUCCCUGGGGUGUGGGCUUUUUGGUUUGGGAGGCCUAUAGCUCUGGACUUAAUUGA